CGCACAUACGCCACGCAUGUGUGGCAACGCUUCCGUUUUAUUGGGGUGGGGGCGGGACCACCAGUUCACAAAUACCCGCCCGGCAGACCCGCAGCCACACUCGCUGAGGAGGGUUCCGUCACGCUGCUUCUUGGGAUGAAGGAGCAGCCAGUCCCUGGAGAACAGGUCACUGGGCGGCGGGGGAGGAGGCAGGGCAGAGCGUGCCCAGGAAAGCAGGCGGAGAGAGGUCCUCCCGGGAGGGGCGCCUCUGGGCUGGCAGAGCUCUGGCUGGGCCAGGGGGGGAGCUGGGUGGACAUGGCCACGCUGCCCGAGGGUCCUUCCUCACCUCCACUCUGAGGUGGGAGGUGGCUGAGGAGGCUGGCUCUACCCCAGGAGGCAGGGUCCGGCAGGAACCAGAGGUCCUGGCCUCCAUGCAAUGGUGUGCUUCUGUCCAGGCCCCACGCAGCGGCCACGCAGGCCACCCCGCUCCGCCCGGGCGCUGGCCAGGCCUCGGCACCGGCUCUGCAGGGCGGCUGCUGGCCCGGCCCCGCGUCCCUGUCGGCUCCUCUCAGCUCGGGGAUGCCAGCGUCCCCUCCAGGCCGGCAGGCCCUUCUCUGGGGAGGACGUCAGGACGGAACAUGCGCUCCCGGCAGAGGGGAGACCCGGGGGCCGGGGAGGAGGCACCAUGUACUGGCCACAGAGCGGCGGCGGAGACACCAGACCCCCAGCACCCUGACCCGGGCCUCCCCCGGCCGGACUGUGGGAGAGCGCACGCCUGUCUGAGCCAAGCCGCCGGCAGCACCGAGCCACGGCAGCCCUGGCACUAACCCCGCCCCCUCCGCCCCGACUACGGCAGGAGCCGCGUCAGACACACCUUCCGUGGGCGACACGUCCCUUUCCUGCAUCGUGUAAGCCAGAGGGAGCUGCUCUGGACGUGUCCCAGGAUGCUCACACCCAAGUGUGUCUGUGGGAGGCCCCGCAGUGAGAAGGCCCCUGUGAGGUCAGCACCCUGGGGUGUCUGUGGGAGGCCCCGCAGUGAGAAGGCCCCUGUGAGGUCAGCACCCUGGGGUGUCUGUGGGAGGCCCCGCAGUGAGAAGGCUCCUGUGAGGUCAGCACCCGGGGUGUCCAUGGAGGCCUCUGUGAGGUCAGCGCCCGGGGUGUCCAUGGGGAGUUCUCUGUGAGGUCAGCGCCGCCCGGGCAGGGCCGCAGACGGAGACGGAGACGGCGGGCCCCGCUCGGGCCGCCAUGCCGCACGGCGCGAGCCGGCUCUUCCGGAACAUCGUCCUCCGGAGCCCGCUGGACGGCGCCAAGAGGAAGCAGUGCCUCCAGUACCUGCAGACGCUGCGGCGGCUGCAGUUUGACGGCUUCAGGACGGUGUACCUGGGGGAAACGGAGAUCCCCGAGAGCCUGGCCACAGGGGAGGACCUGGGGGGCGGGCUCGGCGUGCCCAGCCCCAGCUGGUGCGUGGUGCACGCGGGGGGCAGCCAGGGCUGGGUGCCCUGGCGGUACCGCGUGUACCUGAGGGACGAGCUGAGCGUGUGCCCCGAGGACGGCUUCUUCGCCGAGUUCUGCGAGGCGGCGAGGAAGGCCUACGGGAAGUGCGCCAUCGUGGUCAAGGACGUCCCACGGCUGGAGGCCCCGCCCCCCGGGGACGGGGCGCCCCCUGCCCAGGCCCGCGCCCCUGCCGUUGUCAACCUGACCAGCAUCGCCUGCUGCCCCGACGUGGCCAAGGCCUGCGGCCACGAGCUGCUCUGCCUGCCCUCCCCCUACAACUACCUGAACCCGCUGGACCUGGCCUGGUCUUCGCUCAAGUGGUUCAUCAUCAACAACCGCAAGGAGUUCUGCCUGCAGUCCGUCGACAGCCUCUACGCCUACCAGUUCAUCCUGCUCAGCGAGCUCAUCGGCAAAGGCGUGGAGAGGCUGGGCCCCGGCAAGUGGAGGACGCUCAUCAACAAGGUGCGGCGGUGGGAGAACUACUACCUGGGCAAGUUCUCCUAGGACCGGGCCAGCCGUCCGGGCCACGGCGCCCCCAACGCCGCC